AUGGCGCUGCAGUCUCACCCUGAGUUGAGGCACCACGCGGAGCACCUAGAUUUCAUGUUGUAUCACACGCAGCAGGAUCUGGACAACGCUCGUGCGUACGCCAACCAGACGCACCUCGCCCUGGCAACCCAUGCCGACGCCAUCAAGAUCCUCUCAAGGGAUCGCAACAAGCUCCGCCUGCAGCGUGCCAAGAGGGACGCCACUAUUGAUCGCCUUCGCGCCCAGAUCACAUCGUUGGAGGCUACCGUCAAGUGUUACAACCAAAAAGGUGGCCAAGAUCAGGCGAUCCCGUUGGACGGUGUCCUCGGCAUCUCCGGGGGAACGGGUGACUUCACCUCGCAGCUAAAGCAGCAAGGGAUUAUCACCGAGAAUGUCGUGGGCCAUUGCAUCAGCAUCUAUGGCGGUGGCUUCCUCUACUUUGGGGGCGACAGCAACAUGGUGCCCACUUCCGGUAUAACCUGGCUUCCCAUGGCUCAGAGAAUCGGGACUUACUACACACCUGGCGAAGCAACACUGAACCUCAAUGUGCAACAGGAAUACCCGGUGAGCAUGAAACCAAUGAGGACAAUCUUUGACAGCGGUACCACAUACACCUACGUGCAUAUGACCACAUACGCUCGCCUUAUUAACGCGGUUGGAAUCACUCUCCAGAGUUCGUCACUUAAAAGAGUGUAUGAUACUGCGCUGCCUGUAUGCUGGAAAGACAUAGAGCCAAUUCGAUCCAUUGAUGACGUCAAGAAUAAAUUCCAGCCACUUGAUCUGACCUUUGGCCAUGGUGACAACCAGGUCACCCUGGAGAUCCCUCCAGAAAACUAUAUUAUUGUCUCGGAAAGCGGGAAUGUGUGCUUGGGCAUCCUCAAUGGAUCACAGAAAGGUCUGCAGGAACAGAACCUAAUUGGAGGUAUUGCAAUGCAAAAUCAUAUAGUGAUAUAUGAUAAUGAGAGAAAACAGAUCGGGUGGGUCCGCUCGUCAUGCGAUGGAAUGCCGGGUCAUGCGCCUCUCAUCGGGUCGCGUCUCUGA